AUGAGAGGGUUCGGAGAAAGAAAGGAAAGGGAGGGAUUGAGGGUGGGAGGGGAGGAGGUGUCAGAGAAGCAAACUGCACUGAAUAAAUGGAACCCGAAAGCGGAUUUAGCUGAGCUCAGUGUCGUGUCGAAUUGGUCUCACGAAGGCGACGAAGGCAACAUGCGUGAGGUGAUCUCGAUUCAUAUUGGACAGGCAGGUGUUCAGAUUGGCAAUGCCUGCUGGGAGUUGUACUGUCUUGAGCAUGGCAUUCAGCCCGAUGGUCAAAUGCCCUCAGACAAGAGUGUUGGUGGGGGUGAUGACUCCUUCACAACAUUCUUCUCGGAGACUGGAUCUGGUCGUCACGUGCCUCGCGCUGUUAUGAUCGAUCUUGAACCUACCGUCAUCGGUUAG